UGUCGUGGAGACACGUGCGAGUCACGUUUCUAGGCUAUAAAAGUCCCGCAUCGAUCUCGUUUAGAAACCCUAGCCGCCACCGGAGAAAAUAGAGAGCUCGCCUUCUCGGCCGAUCCUGUUUGCCGCACGACGCGAUGGGUAAGGUGCACGGAUCUUUAGCUCGCGCCGGAAAGGUCCGAGGGCAGACGCCUAAGGUGGCGAAGCAGGACAAGAAGAAGAAGCCCCGCGGCAGAGCCCACAAGCGUAUGCAGUACAAUCGCCGCUUUGUCACUGCGGUUGUUGGAUUCGGGAAGAAGAGGGGUCCAAACUCGUCAGAGAAGUAAAGAUCACGGUAUUGAUGGCAGAUCCGAAGUGCCUCUUUCCACCGUUUUCGUUAGUAGACAUUUUCUUUAUGUUUUUGCAGUGUAUUUGUUAUUUUAUUUAAUCUUAAAUCACAUCGAGAUUAAGUUGGAUAUGGAUUGAUUCGUGGAAUUGUGAACUGCCUUGUCUCUUCGAUUA